UCAUGAGUAUAUGGAUAUAUACUCAGAAGUGCAAUCAUCGGAACCAGCAGAACUGAUAAACUCACCAUUUGGUGGCCGUUAUUGUGGUACAAUACCACCCCGACAACGCAUUUCCAUGUAUCGUGCCAUAGCUAUUUCAUUUUUUACCAAUAAAAAUCUAACAACACCGGAUCUAUUUGAGGGCACCUUUAGAUUUAUAAAUGCAUCGGAAUAUGAGAUUGGUAUACCAAUUGCUGGUUCGCCAUGUUCCUAUACAAUAACACCCAGUUUGAGUAUAAAUAAGACGGGCGUCUUAAUAUCGCCCACCUAUCCGGGUGCCUAUCCCAAGGAUAUGUCCUGUACAUAUCAAUUUUUGGGUGAAUCGAAUCAAAGAGUUCGUUUAGAAUUUCGGGAUUUUGAUCUGUUUUUUGGUGGACCACACUGCCCAUUCGAUUAUGUUAAAGUUUACGAUGGUCCCGACAAUUCAUCAGCAUUAAUUGGUACAUAUUGCGGACAGCAAAGAAAUUUAGUUUUAUAUUCGAGCGAAUCGAGUCUGUUUGUUCAUUUUUUUACAUUAUCGCGCACAGCCAAUACGCAAAAUCGUGGUUUUAAAGGAAUUUAUGAAUUUAGUGAAAGUUUUGUUAAAUUAGAUUUUAUACGAGAAAAUGAUGGCAUUCACAUACGUGGCUCCGAAUGUGAUCAAAAGAUUUUAUCUAAAAAGGAAUCCACAGGUUUUGUCCUAUCGCCAAAUUAUCCUUAUCCCUAUAUACCAAAGACCGUUUGUAGAUAUUUCAUUUAUGGUAUGCAGGAUGCCCAACAUUUAGAACGGGUACGUUUGGAAUUUUUGGCAUUUAACAUACCAAAGGUUGAGCAUAAGGAUAAGAGCGAAUCAAAUUGUACCGAUGGCUAUCUGAAAGUCUAUCUCAAGGGCCAAGAAACUGCCGAUGCCUAUGAUAAAUUCGAUUAUGAAUUAUGUGGCAAUGAAACUCAACGUGUUGUUAGUGAUGGUCCCCGUCUGGCCAUGGUAUUUAGUUCGGGUGAACUGCAAGGGCGUGGUUUCAAGGGUAAAUAUACCUUUGAGACUGAGUACAAAAUACCCGGUACCGCGGCACCCGAUGGCACCUGUAGCUUUACCUAUGUCAGUUCAUCGAAAAAACGUGGCGAAUUGAAUAGCCCCCGCUAUCCAUCGAAUUAUCCCUCGGAUACGAAUUGUUCAUAUCUGUUUCUCGCCGAAGCCAAUGAACAGGUGACAAUUGUAUUCGAUCAUUUUAAAAUAAAGGCCGAUGGUAAUGCAAAUGUAACCGCAGGGGCAUAUGGCUCUGUUAACUGCUUUGAAGAUUGGUUGGAAAUGUAUGUCGUCUAUCGGGAUAAUAAUGAUCGUUUUCUUGGUCGCUAUUGUGGUAUGACAGCGCCCGGCCCCGUCGAGAGCCCAAGGGGUGCGGUUGGUUUGCGUAUUACAUUGCAUACCGAUCAAGAGAAUGUGGCCAGUGGUUUUAAGGCUCGUUAUUUUUUUGAAACUGCCAAAAGUGAGAUAGGCGACUGUGGAGGCAACUUUUCCAGUGAAGAUUCAGGCAUUAUAACAUCCCCCAAUUAUCCGGCGGGUUAUAAGGCGCCCGGUCGCGGUAUGGCCUCAAUGGCAUGCAAUUGGAUAAUGACAGCCCGUCCGGGCUAUAAGCUAUCAAUACAUUUUGAACACUUCUCAUUGGAGGGUGAUCCGGCAAAUCGUGGUUGCCCUGCAGCUGUUUUGCGUCUUUGGGUAAAUGUUGACUCCGAUCAACCGCCUUUGGAAUUGUGUGGCGAAAAGCCCCCCAUGGAACAAUGGCAUUAUAUUUCUACGGGACAAACGGCUCGUAUUAGUUUUACCACCAGUGAUAAGACUGUUGGUGCACCGGGCUUCCGCAUUGUAUGGACUGAAAUACAAGAUUCUGGACCAGGACCACCAUACAUUGGCCUGCUCUGCGAGUCCACCUAUCAUUUUCAGUGUGAAGUGGGCUAUUGCAUAUCCGAUAAAUUGCGUUGUGAUGGUGUCAAGAACUGUGGUCCCAACGAUAAUAGUGACGAAAUGCACUGUACCACAAAAGCGCAGGCGGAGGAUCACGGCGUUCUAAUUAUAACAACACUUCUCGUCGUCUCGUUCCUAAUUUGUCUCCUAUGCAUACUCUAUCACUCCAGAAGAAAACGUAGACAGCAACUGCAUCAAUUGGGUCUGCAUCGUAAUGCUCAUUAUGAUUCGCAAACAAGUGCCACGGGUCUUAAUUCCAGUCGUCGUCACCUGCAAAGUGGUGGUGCCAGUAUUGCGGGAAGUUUACACGGCCUUAAUAGUGGCACACUCAUUAUACCACCAGCACCACUGCCACCAAGAGCUAUACAUCAACCACCACAUAUAUGCAUAUCGGGUUCCAGUUUAGAUCUGGGACCUGGCAACUAUCCCGGCAUACUCAUCAAUGGCGAUUCACUGGAGGAUUCAUCAUCGACCUCGAACGAUUCAAUCGGUAGUAUACCAUUUCUAAAUGAUUGUGAAACGGAAAAUCUGGGGCAACAUAUGAUGCAGGCCCAUGCUGGAGGUGGGGUAAUAGGUGGUGGAGAAACCGUUUAACAUUUACAAAAAACUCUAACAAAAUUAUUUUAUUUAAGGAAAUUUAAAGCGAAACAGAAAACAU